AUGUCGCGCUCCAGAUUCGUCAUGCCCUGCUGCUGCAUGCUCCUAGUUGCAGCGGUGCUUGCAUUGGCCGAUGCCUUCGUCGUGCCAUCUUCGCCACACGCAUCCUCGGCGCCCAGCCGCAUCAACAAGAUCGACAGGGCUGAGCCAAUGAUUUCGAGCGAUGCAGGCGCUGUGUUCAUGUCAGUUCUGGCUGGUCUCAUCGUGGGAGUGGCCGUGCCGGCCAGCAGCUUUGCAGCCUACGCAGAGAUGAAGAAGGUGGCAGAGAAGCUGCAGGCCCGGGAUAGUCAUGGUUCCGUGUGCGGAUGCCAGUUGAUCACUCCAUGUCUCACGGAAGUCACAUGUGGUUGCCCUCGGCCGAGUCAGAUCCAGGCGUGCUUGAGAGCAUUUGCGGCUUGCAACAGAUCUUGCAACCAGAGCUGUCCCACCCAGCAUCCCUCGUGCGGCAUGUCGCGCUCCAGAUUCGUCAUGCCCUGCUGCUGCAUGCUCCCAGUUGCAGCGGUGCUUGCAUUGGCGGAUGCCUUCGUCGUGCAAUCGUCGCCACACGCAUCCUCGGCGCCCAGCCGCAUCAACAAGAUCGACAGGGCUGAGCCAAUGAUUUCGAGCGAUGCAGGCACUGUGUUCAUGUCAGUUCUGGCUGGUCUCAUCGUGGGAGUGGCCGUGCCGGCCAGCAGCUUGGCUGGCACGGGUGGGCCGAGACCAGACUUCCAGGUGGUUCGACCAGGCUUCAUGCAAGGCAUCGAUGCCGCUUUGGCUGCAAAGAAACCCGGCGAGAUCGACUAUGUCACACGCAGCAGAAUCGAGGCAUCCUACUUCCCACAAGUUCUGGAAGAGCUGAAGCAGGAGAAGGUGAAACUGGAGGCAGCUCCCAGCAGGCAGGAGCGUCUCAUGCAAAACAUGCAGCAGAUGCGGGAGUAUGCGAAGCUGGCCGUGUUCAACACCUCUGAAGUGGCACUUGGGCAUCGCUUGAUAGACCACGAGGACGUCCAGAUCAGAUUCCCAGCCGCCGCAUCCUCUAGGCCGCAGGUUUCCAGCGCCGAGCCGGGUGAGGCGAGCUACGACGGUCAGAGCGAGGUCUGUUGGAGGAUCCCCGUCCUGGACAAGAGUGAGCCAAACGGCAAUCUCGAGUUUGUGGCGAAGACGGACUCCGCUUCGCUGCUGCCAUUCACCUUCGAUGCUGUCAGGCGGGGUGCCACGAAGUGCCCGAUGGACAUCAUUGAGUGCUACCACAUGGAGAAGAAGGACGCUAUCGCAUUUGCGUGCGAGAAGUCCUGCACCUACUCCUUCCGGAUCGGUGCAUGA